AUAGCUAGUGUAGUCAACUGACCUAGCUAGUUCAUGCUAAAAUAAAAAAUAGUUAACUUUCAAUAGGGAAAUUGGUGGACUGGUUAGCGCUAUAGGUUGGCGUUUUGCUUUUUUAGCUAACGUUAGCUAGAUAGCUAGAUAACUAGUUAACACUUUCUAGUCGCAUAGCUAAUCAGGCAAACCAGUUCAGCGAAAAAUUAAAAGACGGUAUCACAAAAUAUAAUGGUGGCCUGAAGCGUACUCCAGUUACCGAUUAUUGCAUUUGCAGAUGUGCAAUUAGCUAUAUGAGUUUAUGGUAACAUUAUACAACAAAUAGUCCUACUUUUCCCAAAUAAAAGUGCUUUCCUAAGUCCUGUCUACUUUAUGUCCCACUAUUAAAAACAAUAGCACAAGUAUCUAAAUCCAUUCCAGAAGUCGCUGUCUUGCAGAGAAUUCUGGGAAGCAUCUCUGCUCUUUGCAGCAGUCAAGAUGUCUGACAUGGAGGAUGACUUCAUGUGCGACGACGAAGAAGAUUAUGAUCUGGAGGAAUACUCAGAAGAUAGCAACUCUGAGCCCAAUGUUGAUUUGGAGAACCAGUACUACAAUUCCAAAGCGCUGAAAGAAGAUGACCCCAAAGCAGCCCUCAGCAGCUUCCAGAAGGUGCUGGAGCUUGAAGGUGAAAAGGGGGAAUGGGGAUUCAAAGCAUUGAAACAGAUGAUAAAAAUAAACUUCAAAUUGACAAACUUCCCUGAAAUGAUGAACAGAUACAAACAACUGCUCACUUAUAUUCGGAGUGCUGUCACAAGGAACUAUUCAGAGAAAUCAAUUAACUCCAUCCUUGAUUACAUCUCCACCUCUAAACAGAUGGAUCUUUUACAAGAAUUCUACGAGACCACCUUGGAGGCAUUAAAGGAUGCAAAGAAUGACAGACUGUGGUUCAAAACAAACACAAAGCUUGGAAAACUGUAUUUGGAGCGAGAAGAAUACGGAAAGCUUCAGAAGAUACUCAGACAGCUGCACCAGUCUUGCCAGACUGAUGAUGGGGAAGAUGACCUAAAGAAAGGAACGCAGCUGUUGGAGAUCUAUGCUUUAGAAAUUCAGAUGUAUACGGCACAGAAGAACAACAAGAAGCUUAAAGCCCUCUACGAGCAGUCCUUGCACAUCAAGUCUGCAAUCCCUCACCCACUUAUCAUGGGUGUGAUCAGAGAAUGUGGCGGGAAAAUGCACUUAAGAGAGGGAGAAUUUGAGAAAGCGCACACAGACUUCUUUGAGGCUUUUAAAAAUUACGACGAAUCGGGGAGCCCCAGACGCACAACCUGUCUGAAGUACUUGGUGCUGGCCAACAUGCUGAUGAAGUCUGGAAUAAAUCCAUUUGACUCACAGGAGGCUAAACCUUAUAAAAAUGACCCAGAGAUACUUGCAAUGACAAACUUAGUAAGUGCCUACCAGAAUAAUGACAUCACUGAGUUUGAAAAAAUUCUGAAAACAAAUCACAGUAACAUAAUGGAUGAUCCUUUCAUAAGGGAGCAUAUCGAGGAGCUGUUACGGAACAUCAGAACACAAGUGCUUAUCAAACUAAUCAAGCCUUACACUAGAAUACACAUACCAUUCAUUUCAAAGGAGUUGAACAUCGAUGUAUCGGAUGUGGAAAGUCUGCUUGUACAGUGUAUAUUGGACAACACCAUUCAUGGUCGAAUUGACCAAGUCAACCAGCUGCUGGAGCUGGAUCAUCAGAAGCGAGGAGGAGCCAGAUACACGGCUUUAGAUAAAUGGACCCAUCAGCUCAAUUCUCUCAAUCAGGCCAUUGUUAGCAAACUGGCUUGAUUGACACGUUCUGUAAGACAAUCACAAUGGUCUUUACGUGAUGGUGACAUUUUAAAGAGAAGAGCCACUGGAUGAGGCCGGGUAAUUAGAGCUUGACAGGAGUGCUUUCAUCUUUCAUCUAAUUUUUGUUCUGCUGCAGCCCUUCCCUAAGACAACCUACUUUCAUAUUCAAGAAACCAAAAUCACAUGGGAUGUGUGUGGUUCUGACGUCAAGCCCUUUCCAAAACAAUGUUUUCUGAUGGGGCGAUGGAUUAACCUGAAGCAAGAUUUGAAACACAGUAUUUAGAUAAAUGUGUGAUAAAUAAAAGAAUUCUGUCUGUAAAAUUCAUCAUCUUCACCAAUUUUGAAUACUUUCCCAAUAAAUACACAUCUUGGCUGUAUUCUGCAAAAUUUCAGUUUUCCUAGCAGUGCUUUUUUGUACUUGCUAUUUUAGUUUAACAUUGGGGCCCUGUUGCCACUUUAGCAACACAAUAAAAUGGUGAGUCUCUAACAUUGUAUAGCCUGAAUUUAAGCUCCUUUGCAUUGUUUUGUUAUUAAACUGAAAGCAAGAGUAACUGCCUUUUUUUGUUGAACAUACUAUGUACAGUAUUUAAUGUUUUUGUUUUAGUGAUGUUUGUCGGGUAUUAGACCAGUGUGCUUGUCAGAAAUAGACUGGUCAUCACAGAAUUUGUUUAACCCAGCACAUAGCUUCUGAUGUGGGAUGAAAAAGCUCAUUUGAAUCACUUAUCUUGAAUGCAGAGCAUCAAAAUAAAAUUUUGCUGAUUCAAAGA